UUCGGUUCCGAGCCAAAGAUACGCCCUUUUCUUCUUUCUCUUAUUGCUUUCUUUCUCAAAGCUCGUCGCCAUUGCUCCACCUUCCUCCUUCUCUCUCUCUCUCUCUUUCUUUUCAUUUUUCUUUCUAUCUCUGUGUCGGAAACGGAGAAGAGAGAGAGAGAGUUUUAGAGGCAUCGAUGAUGCUAUUUCUUGAUGAUUUUGUAUUAAUUUUGGUGUAGUUUGGAAGAAUAUCUUGCUGCCGGCCUUGGUUAAUUUAUAUGUGGUUUUUUUGAGGAAAUUUCAAUGAGGAGAUAGAAGAAUUGAUAGGAGAGUUAGAGGAGAUGGAGUCGGGGGGAGUUCUGUCGAUGAUGUCGGUGGUGGAGGAUGUGCUUAAGCAGCAGGGGAAGCGGUUGAAUGAUGUUGAUCUUGCUUCCAGGAAAGCGGAGGAAGCUGCUGCAAGAAGAAAUGAGGCAGCUGGGUGGCUGAGGAAAACAGUGGGAGUUGUUGCUGCGAAAGACUUGCCUGAAGAGCCAUCAGAGGAGGAGUUUAGGCUUGGACUUAGGAGUGGGAUGAUACUCUGCAAUGUGCUUAACAAGGUUGUCCCUGGUGCAGUUCCAAAGGUUGUGGAAACACCUGGGGAUUCUGUUAUUAUUCCUGAUGGGGCAGCAUUGUCAGCGUAUCAAUACUUUGAGAACGUUCGGAACUUUCUUGUUGCCUUGCAAGACAUGGGUCUUCCUACCUUUGAGGCCUCUGAUUUAGAGCAGGGAGGAAAAAGUUCCAGGGUUGUGAACUGUGUUCUGGCUAUAAAAUCAUACAGUGAAUGGAAACAAAUGGGUGGUAAUGGUUCUUGGAAGUAUGGUGGGAAUUUGAAACCCGUCAGCUCAGGGAAAUACUUUGUGCGAAAAAACUCUGAGCCUUUCAUGAAUUCCUUAUCAAGAACUAAUUCCAUGAAUGAUAAGUAUCAUGAACAGAACAUAAACAGGGACUCUGCAACAGAAGCCUCUGAAAUGAAUUCUUCACAUUCUCUUCGGGGGCUCGUACGUGCUGUUCUAUUAGAGAAGAAGCCGGAAGAAAUCCCACUUCUUGUGGAGUCAAUGCUGAGUAAAGUAAUGGAAGAAUUUGAGCGUCGUAUUGGCAGUCAAAAUGAGCUGGUAAAAACCACAUCGAAGGACCUGGAUGAUGGUGGCAGAUUCAUUUCCAAACCUAAGGUUGAUAUCCAAGAGAAAAAUUGCCCAACUUCAGAAGCAAAGGACAUUGGCAUGAACUUAGUAGAUGAAGAAGCACCAAAAAACGACAUACUAUUGAAGCAGAAUACUAUUCUAGCUCAACAAGAGAGACAUAUUCAGGAUUUGAAACAUAUUUUAUGUACUACAAAAGCUGGUAUGCAGUACAUGAAAGCACAAUAUUCGGAGGAGUUUAAUAACCUUGGAAAACAGUUGCAGUAUCUCUACCAUGCUGCUUCUGGAUACCACAAAGUUCUUGAGGAAAACAGAAAGCUAUACAAUCAAGUGCAAGAUCUUAAAGGAAAUAUAAGGGUAUACUGUCGAGUUAGACCAUUUCUCCCUGGUCAGUCAAGUAUUAUGAGCACUGUUGGUAGGGUUGAGGAUGGAAAUAUCACAAUCAACACUCCUUUUAAGUAUGGAAAAGAGGGGCGUAAAUCUUUCAGCUUCAACAAAGUGUUUGGCCCAUCUGCAUCUCAAGAGGAAGUUUUUUCAGAUACACAGCCUCUCAUUCGAUCUGUUCUUGAUGGCUACAACGUCUGUAUAUUUGCAUAUGGUCAAACAGGAUCUGGGAAGACAUAUACAAUGAGUGGGCCUAAAGUUCUAAAUGAGCAGGGCCGUGGUGUUAAUUACCGGGCAUUAAGUGACCUAUUUUAUCUUUCAGAACAGAGGAAAGACGCAUUUCAUUAUGAAAUUGCUGUUCAGAUGAUUGAGAUCUAUAAUGAGCAAGUGAGAGAUCUCCUAGCUACAGAUGGCAUUAACAAAAGAUUAGAAAUCCGUAACAGUUCUCAGAAAGGACUUAAUGUACCUGAUGCAAGCUUGAUCCCGGUUACAUCAACAUCUGAGGUUAUUGAAUUGAUGAACAUUGGGCAAAGAAACCGUGCAGUUGGUUCUACAGCCUUGAAUGACCGCAGUAGUCGCUCUCACAGUUGCUUGACCAUUCAUGUCCAAGGAAGAGACAUAACAUCGGGAACUAUUCUUCGGGGAUGCAUGCACCUGGUUGAUUUGGCAGGAAGUGAGAGAGUUGAUAAAUCGGAAGCCAAAGGAGAACGAUUGAAGGAAGCACAACAUAUAAACAAGUCACUUUCAGCUUUAGGAGAUGUUAUUGCCGCCCUUGCUCAGAAGAAUGCUCAUGUUCCCUAUAGAAAUAGUAAACUCACUCAGCUGCUGCAGGAUUCACUUGGUGGGCAAGCAAAGACAUUGAUGUUUGUCCAUAUAAGUCCUGAAGCUGAUGCUAUAGGAGAAACACUUAGCACGCUUAAAUUUGCUGAACGGGUUGCCACAGUUGAGCUUGGUGCUGCCCGGCUUAACAAAGAAAGCGGAGAAAUCAAAGAACUUAAAGAGCAGAUAGCUAGUCUGAAGGCAGCAGUGGCCCGGAAAGAUGGAGAAUUCGAAAACCUCCAGAGUACAAUGUCCAGCCCUGAUCUAUUUGCAAGGAAGGCUGGGGGAGCAUUAUCAAAUCGACAACAUGAUGAAGAGGAUUGCCUGAUUAAUCACCGGCAGCCAAUGGAGGAAGUUGGAAACAUUGAGGUGCGGGGAAAUUCCGGACUCAAGCAAAAGAACACAGGCUUUGAUCUUCAACAGCUACUGUUGGCAACUGGAUCUCAUCCCUGGGCUGACAGCGAUCCCAGUUUAAAUUUUCAUAAGCACGGAGCUGCUGGGACAGAUGAUGAUUCUCCAAGAGAUUGGGAAGGGGAUAAUGGUAAUGCACCUGACUUCUUCUACAAGAGAUAUCAACCUGAUACAAGAGACCUUCUUGAACAGCAAUACAAUAGAAAUAUUGGUGGAAGGAAUGAGAACCAUGAAUAUGAAGUGCAGAGAAAUCGGUUUGACAAUGUUGCUACUGAUGACUCUGAUGAUCUGGAUGUUGCAACAAGUGACUCCUCAGAGGCUGAUAUGCUGUGGCAAUUCAACCUUCCGAAGGUUACUGGCACGCCUAAUGGUGUUGGGACAAGGAUCAAAAAGCAUCAAGUGAAGUUGAUGAAUAGCCCAGAUAUAAGGACUCCAAACCGCUCACACAUUCCAUCACCGUCACCAUCAAGAAAGCUUCAGAGUUCUGCUCAAUCACUAAACCGGAACUCAAGGCUGCCUAGUUUUGAUGCAAACCGGAGUUCAAGGCUGCCAAUUGGGAAGACGGGGAAUGGGAAAUAAGAAGUUGCUAAUGGUUAUCAGGUUUCUUGGUUUGUUUCAGAGUUGACACAGAUAGCAUUGAGGAUUGUGUUUAGCAGGUUUGAGGGUGGCAAUAAUUCCAGUUGCUUGUGUUUUCUCAACCAGUCUUGUUGUAAUUCCCACUUCCAUUCUUUGCUGCUAUUGUUUUUCCAUAAAUACGAGAAAAAAAAAGGGAAAGAUAAUUGUGAAGGAUGAACCUGAAACUCUCUUGAGGUGAAAGAGGAAGGAAUACAGAUUUUUAUGUUU